AUGGCGCCGAAAGUCCUUGUUGUAUUAACCUCCUAUGGAGAAAUCCUGGAUUCUGCCGGAAAGCCGGUGCAGAAGACUGGGUGGUACUUGCCCGAGUUUGCCCAUCCAUACGAAAUCCUAUCCAAAAAGUGCGAGCUCGUAAUCGCCUCGCCAAAAGGCGGCGUCGCGCCUCUAGACCCGAACUCGUUACAACCGUGGAUCAAAGACGACUCAUCUUCAAUCGAUUUCUUCAACAACAAAAAGUCUCUCUGGGAGAACACCGCUAAGAUUUCUGACUUCUUAGGCCGUGCUGAUGAGUUCGACGCUAUCUUCUAUCCAGGUGGACACGGCCCUAUGUUUGACCUAGCGACGGACAAGGACUCAAUCGCUCUUAUCAACGAGUUCUGGGCCAAGGGUAAGGUCACAGCCGCGGUUUGUCACGGUCCUGCUGUAUUCGUUAAUGUCACACUCCCAAGCGGAGAGAAUAUCCUAAAGGGCAAAGAUGUCAGCGCUUUCAGCAAUGCAGAGGAAGAUGCUUCGGGUAUGACCAAGCUUAUGCCAUUUAUGUUGGAGGAUAAAAUAAAGGAGACUGGUGCUAGCUUCCAUAAGGCUUCUGAGUUAUGGGGUCCGACAGUGCGUGUCUCUGGGAAAUUGAUUACUGGCCAGAACCCUAGCUCGGCCAAGGGAGUGGGAGAAGCCAUUGCAACCGCUUUAGGUGUUUAG